GGAAGACCAGCGCUGCAUCAUCAUUAUACGUGACAUUUAUUUAACCAAGUCCCUCUCUGGUUCUGCUUCAAUCCUGGGAUGUCUUCACCACGCCAGCUCCCACUCACUGAUUACUCUCUUUCAGCUCAUCAUUCGCUUUUGAAUCUUUCAAAGUUUCAUCCGUUCUUUUAGCCACAGCCAUAAUCCCGUUCCAACGGCCAUCGCAUACCAUAAUGCAGCACAUUGGAGCUCUCUUGUUGUCGCUUGCAGCCGUCGCAGCUGCGGUUCCUGCGGGAAACCUGCCGCGAGCCGCUUCUGUCUCUAACAGCGCUCCGUUCCAGAUCUACGCCUACGGCGACGGAAUCGGAGGCCUUCCCCUAUUCUCUACAGGAAGCGAUGCUUUCUUAGGUGAUUAUGCCAAUUUCAACGACCCUAAUGCAGCUCCCGUAACAUUCACUCCUACCAACAAUGCUUGGCAAGGGGCUCCGAAUACGACGGCUCUCAACUCCACCACCACCCCCACCUGGUCCAACGUUACCUUCUCCAUUCCCACCGACGGCGCCUCUGACCACAGCGUCGGUUUCCUCAACUCCAGCUCGACUGCUUCUGACCGUCAGACCAGCGGUUUCCUUACCUACGGCAACGUCAUCUUUGUCUCGGGCGAAUCGGGCAACAUGGUGUCUAUGUGGUACGCCACGCCCAGCUCUGUUGAGGGCAUCUACUCUCUCAAGUGGAACGUGACCGACGACUCGACCGAGGAUAAGAUCGUUCUCGCUCUAAAGAAGACUGUUCCUUCCACCGCCCUCUUCCCAGCAAUUCAUCAAGCCUAGGAGUCGCGGUCUUUGAAGGUCACUUUUGGCCGUCGAAUGGUUAAUAUUCCGGAUCGCACUGGAUCGUCAUGUUCUUUCCAUUCUCGUUCAAAACUUGGU